AUGGCCACCAUCGACGCCCUCCCGAAAGUCGUCGCAUCCUUCGGCGCCGCCGUCUCCUCCCUCCCAUCGCAACUUAUCUCGUCGACGGACGUUCCCCUCCUCUCCUCUCAGCUCUCUCACCUCGCCUCCGACCUCUCACCUGCCCUCUCUACUCUCGGGGCAGCACAGCAAGAAGCCCUCCUCACGAACGCGACCUGGCUCGCGGGACAAACCUCGCAACUCUCGUCACUCGUCGCUCGCCUUCCCGCGGCCGAACGAGUCUCGACAUCGCACGACGAGCUGCUCGCGCUCAUCCAAAUCGCCUCGACGCGAUACGACCUCCUCACCGUCUGGACGCCAGACGUCUGGUCACUUCUCUUCCUCUUCCUCGUUGCGAUCCUCCUCAAGACCAUCCUCGCUCUUUCUCUCUCGCCGGCGGCUAUUCGUCGUGCUCGUGGUGCACUGCGCGGGAAGUACGGCGUCGACCUUGACGGCGACAUCGCCAGGUCUGCUCUCCAAAAGCCCGCGCGCUCAGCACUCGGGCACCUCCUCAACCUCCUCGUCUCCAUCGCCGCCCUAACCUUCCAACUCCUCGCCUGGCGGCUCUUCGUCCUCGGUUCCGAACCGAUGCGCCUCCUCGACUACCAAUACUUCCUGAUCGCGCUCAAACUCGUCCUCCUCGGCUACGCUGUCGACUUGGUCUUCGGAGAUGUCCGGCCGGAGAUCUUCCUCCACCAUACCUUCACUUUUCUCCUGAUGUUUGUUGGGCAGCUUGCGGCGUAUGAGACGAAGAGCCCCAAGUUCUUCCGCUUCGCACAAUACAUGCUCCUCCAAGCGACCCUCGAACAAUCGACCUACCUAGCCAUGGUCGCCUACCACAUUUCGACUUACCUCCGCACGCAAGACCACCGGCCCGACUUGCAGGCCCUCUGCGUCAAGGCGGCGCACAAGUUGCUGGUUUUCACGACUUGGAUUACGUGGGUGCAGAAGAUGGGACCGGCGGCGUUUGCGCUGUAUUGGAUCGGAUCGAUGUGGCGCGACAUCGACGGACUGGGCUGGGGCAGGACCUGGCUCGCCUGGUCGACCCUUAUCCUCGCCCUGCUCCUCCUCCUUCAGACCAAGUUCUGCGACGACGUCAAGCCGCUUGCCGACUACAUCGGCUGCAAACUACAUGGCGGUCCUCGUCCGCCUCGCAAUGGCCCUGUCAUGCGUUUGCUCCUCUCGCCCUUCGCUCGACGCUCGAAGGCGAAGCGCGGCGAUAUCGAGGAGGGAGUGGAGGACUCGGAGGAAGAAAAGACGGAGACUGUUUGCUCGUCGCCUGCUCUCAAGGACCUCGAAAAGGACGCCUCCGAUGCCCAGCUCGACGUCGACUCGCUCCCACACCUCUCUCAGGACUCGCGGCGGUCGUCCCAGACCCUCGCCUAG